AUGGAUAACCCAGAUUCAGAGCAAGAAGGCGAAAUAGAAUGUGACGCCAAAUCAUACCUUCCUGUUUGCGAUUCCAGAAAGAAGCCUUACAUGGGUCAACAAUUCACGUCUGUAAAUGACGCAUAUCAGUUUUAUAAAAAAUAUGGAUCUGCGUCGGGAUUUGGAACUCGGUUGGGCUCAGCCAAAAAAGGGAAACAUGGUCAAAUAUUGUAUAGAUAUUUUAUCUGUACAAGGGAGGGCUAUAAACCGGAGUCCCAAAAAGAUGUAACUGAAUCAAGCACACGAAAAACCAAGAGGCGACGGAAGCCGUCUACCAGAAACAGUUGUAAGGCUACUAUUAAGGUCAACUUACGAGACGAAGACGGUAAAUACGUUGUAACUCGGUUUGACGAAUCACACAACCAUGAGCUUGUAAGUGAGGAAUGUCGUCCUUUUAUGAAGCAAAAUCGUAAAAUUGAUCAGUCACACCAAAUGAUUAUGUUGAGGUGUGCCAAGGCUAACAUUGGAUCGAUGAGGGCAUUCCGUAUUUUUAAAGAGUUGGUUGGAGGUUAUGAUGAUGUUGGUUGUACGAGCAAGGACUUUAAAAACUUAUCAUACGACAUUAAUUCUCAUGCCGAUGGGUUUGAUGCACAGCUACUUCUCGAUAGGUUCAUCAGCAAACGUGAUUGUGACGAUGGUUUCAAGUGCGAAUACUUGACCGAUGAGUUUGAUAAGGUGAAGAGUUUAUUUUGGUGUGACUCUAUUGGCGUGCAAAACUACUCCGUGUUUGGUGAUGCUGUAUCAUUUGAUGCUACAUACUCAACAAACAGCAAGAUUCACGACGUGGUGUGGUCAGAUUUUGAGAAAAAGUGGGCCGAAGUCUUAGAUGAGUAUGAGUUGGAAGAUCACACGUGGUUUCAAGAUAUGUUCUCGAAGCGUACAUAUUGGAUACCAGCAUAUUUCCGCGAACUAAGCAUGAGUGGUUUGUUUAGAACCACAUCGUUGUCGGAAAGUGAGAAUAGCUUUUUUCGCAAAUAUUUUAAUCAUACUUCAAACCUGGCAGCUUUCUACAUCCACUUUGAAAGUGCAAUGGACGCCCAACGACAAACUUUCAAACAAUUGUGUAUGGUUGAUCAGACGACAGUGCCGCAGUUGAAGACAAACUCUCCAUUGGAACGGCACACCGCCGUUAUCUACACUAGGAAUAAAUUCCUAGAAGUUCAGAUUGAGAUUAUGGAGGGUGUUAACCGUUGCUGCAUAAAGACUAUGGACACUGACGAUGAAGAGCAUAGGUACGCUAUAGAUGAUAGAUCAAAUGGUGUAUUUCAUGUUGUUCAUAUUAUGUCUGAAGACACCAUUACAUGUUCCUGUAAGCAUUUCGUCAAGUCGGGCCUUCCGUGCAGGCACAUGUUCGCUGUAAUGCGUAACAUGGGGCUGAAAGCCAUCCCAUCCAAGUACAUUGUCCAUAAAUGGCUUAAGGUUGCUAGUGCAGGCGUUUUAUCGUGUCUGAACACGAAAUCACGCAAUAAGUCAUUAUUGGCUGAGGCAUUCCGAUGUAUUGGUAUUGCUGAUGGGAAUGAUGCUUUAACUGAUUCCCUCUUUGAACAAUUAAGACUUUGGGCAGACACCCAUUCUAAGGAUGUACCUGAGCCAUCGACAGCAGCCGGGAAGGAAAGAAUGUUUGAAAUAUUCUAUGGGUCCAAGCUCCCCACUGUAGUUAAUGUUCAUCCACCCGACGCUGUUAGAACAAAGGGCAGUGGUAAGAGGUUGAAGUCAAGAUUUGAGGUAGAGGCUGAGAAAGCAAAGAAACCCAAAAGAAUGUGCAAGAAGUGUGGUCGCCAGUGCUCGACAUGA